CUCCCACCUCUCUUUAUAAUCCUCCUAUAUAAAAACAUUCUCCUUCAUUUCAACACAAUUUUCUCACAUCUGCCUCAACCAUAAUUCUCUUCUCCACUUUAUUUUAUUUCUCUUAUUAACACACGCACUCAACUAUUUAUCUAUAUAUCUAUAUAUACACACACCAAUAUAUAUAAAUCGUUAGGGUAUACAGUGAACUUCACUACCGUAUCCUGCUGUCCCACAUACAACAAUAAUAAACUUUUAAUAACAUCUUGUUUUUUCUUCAGUGCCCGUUUCUAAAACAUGCAAAAUCAGGAUGGGGAACCGGGCAUACCCCAUGUCUCUGCUACCGAAUGUUAUGAACAAUUUCUUGGAGCCGUGCAGGCUUGCACCGAUUCCAGCCACGCUCAUGCCUUCAUCAUCCUUGGCGCCUCUGGAGAUUUAGCCAGAAAGAAGAUAUAUCCGACACUAUGGUGUCUCUUCAGAGACAAGUUACUUCCACCUGAAACCUAUUUUAUUGGAUUUGCUCGAAGUAAACUGGAAAUGUCAGAUAUCUUCAAGAAGGUACAGCCAUUUAUGAAGGUGAAAAGUGGUGAGAUGGAACUGUUGCAGAGUUUCUUCAAGAUCAAUGAGUACAUAUCAGGAAACUACGACAGCCAAGAAGACUUUGAAAAACUAAACGAAUUAUUAGAAUCGAAGGGAAAAUGCAACCGCAUCUUCUACCUUGCACUUCCUCCGAACAUUUUUGAACCUGCCACUGCACAAAUCAAAGGUGUUUGCAUGGCUGAUGAGUCCAGAUUUACAAGGAUUAUCAUUGAAAAACCAUUCGGCCGAGAUUUAGAUUCCUACACUGCCCUCAGCCAACACAUUUCUGCAAUGUUUCCAGAAGAACAGAUCUACAGAAUUGACCAUUAUUUGGGCAAGGAAAUGGUACAGAAUCUCAUGAUCUUCAGAUUUGGCAAUUUAAUCUUUAAUCCGAUCUGGAACAACAGUCACGUUUCCAGUGUGGUGAUCAGCUUCAAAGAACCAAUAGGAACACAAGGCAGGGGCGGAUAUUUUGACCAGUCAGGAAUUAUCAGAGAUGUGAUGCAGAACCAUUUACUUCAAUUACUGUCAAUCGUUGCCAUGGAACAACCAUCCAGUACCAGCGCUGAAGACAUCAGAAAUGAGAAGGUGAAGGUAUUACAAUGUAUUGAACCUCCCGAGAUGAAGAAUGUUGUUCUUGGUCAGUAUGUUGGUGACCCUGAUGCCGAAGGGGACAGUGCUAAGGGUUACCUUGAUGACCCCACUGUGCCUGAUGAUUCUCUGACUCCAACUUUUGCUGCUGCCGUAUUAUUUGUCAACAAUGAACGUUGGAAAGGAGUCCCUUUUAUUUUAAGAUGUGGUAAAGCCCUCAAUGAACGUAAAGCUGAGAUUCGCAUCCAGUUCCAGGAUGUUCCGUCUGACAUCUUUAAACGUGGCUGCAUCAAGCGGAACGAACUGGUUUUCCGUGUCCAGCCAAAGGAGGCCAUCUACAUGAAGGUGAUGACCAAGCUACCUGGAAUGUCCUUCAACUGUGAGGAAAGUGAACUUGACCUGACCUUUGAGAAUCGAUUUAUGAAUGCCAAGUUCCCCGAUGCCUACGAACGUCUCCUCAUCGACGUCUUUGCUGGUUCCCAAAUGAACUUUGUCCGUUCUGAUGAAUUAUAUGAAGCUUGGCGUAUUUUCACACCUUUUCUGGAUGAGAUUGACUCCUCGAAAGUGAAACCAAUUCCAUAUAAGUUUGGCAGUCGUGGUCCACCAGAGUAUGACACCUUGACCAAAUCUUUCAACUUUGUCUAUUCUGGAACCUAUCGAUGGAAAGACGCAUCCAAAAUAUAAAAAAAAAAUCAUUCUGUCAGGUCUUGUAUUUCUUGUCAACACAAAAAUGAAAAACAUUGACACAAUUUUUUCUAUUCCCAUCCCACUUUUUUUUUUUUUUUGCAAAAAAUAUUAUUUAACAGUAAUUUAUAUAAGUCUCUGGAUAUAACUUGUUUAAAUAAAAAUUAUUUACAUGUUUGAAUAUUUA